UGCACUGACCACAUGGAACCUGCCCAUAAUGUGUCUGAAUUUGUUUUACUGGGACUUACUCAGAAUCAGGAGUCAGAACAAAUCUGUUUUGUGCUGUUUUCAUUGUUCUAUGCAGUUACUGUAGUAGGAAACCUCCUCAUCAUUAUCACUAUCAAGAGCAGCAAAAGUCUGAUUUCCCCCAUGUAUUUCUUUCUAAGCUACCUUUCUUUUGUGGACAUCUGCUACUCUACUGUAAUAGCUCCCAAAUUGAUUGGAGACUUCCUAGUUGAGAGGAAAACCAUCUCAUUCGCUGCUUGUAUGACACAACUAUUCUUCGGUCAUUUCCUUGGUGGUACUGAGAUGUUCCUCCUCACAGUGAUGGCUUACGAUCGGUACAUUGCUAUCUGCAAGCCGCUUCAUUACAUGACAAUCAUGACUGGGCGUGUGUGUGGCUGGAUGGUGUUGGGUUCCUGGACAGGCGGGUUUCUGCAUUCCAUUGUACAGACUCUCCUGACCACUCAGCUCCCAUUCUGUGGGCCUAAUGAGAUUGAUCACUAUCUCUGUGAUGUGCAGCCUUUGCUGAAACUGGCUUGUACUGACACCUACGUUAUUGGCCUCAUGGUUGUUGCUAAUACGGGGAUGCUUUCCUUGACCUGUUUUGUUGUGUUAGUUACAUCAUAUUUUGUCAUCUUAGUCUCUUUGAGAAGGCGUACUACUGAAGGGCGCCUCAAAGCUCUCUCCACUUGUGCCUCGCACAUCACUGUAGUGGUUUUAUAUUUUGGGCCAUGUAUCUUCAUGUACUUACGACCAUCAAUAACCUUUCCAGAGGAUAAGACUGUCUGUGUGUUCUACACUGUCUUCACCCCUAUGCUGAAUCCACUAAUUUAUACACUGAGAAAUGAAGAGGUGAAAAAUGCCAUGAGAAAAAUGUGGAUCCAAAAAGUUGACUUAGACGAUAAAUGA